AUGGACUCGGCUCCUCCGCUGCUGACACCGUACAAGAUGGGCGCCUUCAACCUGGCGCACAGGGUUGUGCUGGCGCCGCUGACGAGGUGCCGGGCGUACGGGAACGUGGCGCAGCCGGCGCACAUGUCCCUCUACUACUGCCAGCGCGCGACGCUGGGCGGCCUCCUCAUCUCCGAGGCCUGCGCCGUGUCGGAGGCCGCGCGCGGGUACCCGGACGUGCCGGGGCUGUGGACCGACGAGCAGGUGGAGGCGUGGAAGCUCAUCGUCGACGCCGUGCACGCCGUCUUCUUCGCCCAGAUCUGGCACACCGGCCGCGUCUCCGCGCCAGAGUUCCAACCAAACGGGCAGGCACCAAUCUCGAGCACGGACAAGCAAGUCCCACCGCAGGUGAGCCAUGACGGUCACGUCAACACGUUCGCGGUUCCUCGGAGGUUGGAAACAAAUGAGAUACCACACGUCGUCAACGAGUUCAGGAUCGCUGCUAGAAACGCGAUCAAAGCAGGCUUCGACGGUGUGGAGAUCCACGCGGCGAACGGGUACCUCUUCGACCAGUUCAUGAAGGACAGCACGAACGACCGCGACGACAUGUACGGGGGCACCCUGGAGAAUCGAUGCCGCUUCACCGCAGAGGUGGUCGCGGCCGUGGCCGGCGAGGUGGGCGCAGAUCGAUUGGGCGUGCGGCUCUCCCCGUUCACUGACUACAUGGACUGCAGCGACUCUGACCCGGAGACGCUGGCGCUGCACGUCAUCCACCGCACGCUGAAUCCAACCGGCGUGCUCUACUGCCACAUGCUAGAGCCGAGGAUGCGGGUGAACCCCGACGACGGCAAGCUGACCCUCCCGCACAUGCUGCUGCCAUUCAGGAAGGCGUUUCGUGGGACGUUCAUUGCUAGCGGAGGGUACUAGAAAACACGCCAUGAAUCGGUUG